CUUACCUUUUUGUCUCCCCCCACCCCUCUUUGUUGCUUUAUUUUAUUUUUUUUUUAUUUUCGUGGCGGCGACGGUGACCACAGGGGGGAUCGGCUCGAGAUACGGAUCUUCCCCUCUCUAUAUAAAGACCGGGUCAUCGGUGUUCGCAGCUGCUGCCUAGAAGCUCCUCCUCUGAUUUCUUGCGGAGCGAAAAUGGUGGCGAAUAGAGGAGCGGCGCCGAAGAAGAUCAAGAUCGGUGUCUGCGUCAUGGGAAAGAAGGUGAAAUGCGGAUCGGAGGCCUUUUCUGCUCCCAUGGGGCAGAUUCUUGAAAGACUUCAGGCAUUUGGUGAAUUCGAGAUUGUACAUUUUGGUGACAAGGUAAUUCUUGAAGAUCCAAUAGAGAGCUGGCCAAUUUGUGAUUGCUUGAUUGCGUUCUACUCCUCUGGUUAUCCACUCAAAAAGGCUGAGGCAUAUGCGGCUUUACGGAAGCCUUUCUUGGUGAAUGAAUUGGAACCACAACAUCUUCUCCAUGAUCGCAGGAAAGUUUAUGAGCGUCUUGAAAUGUUUGGAAUUCCUGUUCCAAAUUAUGCUCUUGUAAAUAGAGAGUAUCCUUAUCAAGAACUAGACUACUUUGUUGAGCAAGAAGAUUUUGUUGAGGUUCAUGGAAAGCGUUUUUGGAAGCCUUUUGUGGAGAAACCUGUUGAUGGGGACAACCACAGUAUAAUGAUAUACUAUCCUAGUUCUGCUGGUGGGGGAAUGAAAGAAUUGUUUAGAAAGGUUGGGAAUCGAUCUAGUGAGUUUCACCCAGAUGUUCGUAGAGUGAGGCGUGAGGGCUCUUACAUUUAUGAGGAGUUCAUGCCUACCGGGGGAACAGAUGUCAAGGUAUAUACUGUUGGUCCAGAAUAUGCACAUGCUGAAGCACGGAAGUCUCCAGUUGUCGAUGGUGUCGUUAUGAGGAAUCCUGAUGGAAAAGAAGUCAGGUACCCCGUACUAUUGACUCCGACUGAGAAACAAAUGGCAAGGGAAGUUUGUAUUGCUUUUAGACAAGCGGUCUGUGGCUUUGAUCUCUUAAGGUGCGAAAGACGAUCUUAUGUAUGUGAUGUGAAUGGAUGGAGUUUUGUGAAGAAUUCCCACAAGUACUAUGAUGAUGCAGCUUGUGUAUUGAGGAAAAUGUUUCUUGAUGCAAAAGCUCCCCAUCUUUCAUCUACCAUUCCUCCUAAUCUUCCUUGGAGAGUUAAUGAACCAAUCCAAUCUUCUGAGGGGCUAACACGCCAGGGAAGUGGAAUUAUUGGCACAUUUGGGCAGUCAGAGGAGCUCCGUUGUGUUAUUGCUGUUAUUCGUCAUGGUGAUCGGACACCAAAGCAGAAGGUGAAGUUGAAAGUUACGGAAGAGAAACUACUAAAUUUAAUGUUGAAGUACAAUGGAGGAAGGCCAAGAGCUGAGACAAAGCUGAAAAGUGCCGUUCAGUUACAAGAUCUGCUAGAUGCUACACGAAUGCUGGUUCCACGUUCUAAAUCUGGUCGUGAAAGCGAUAGUGAUGCUGAGGACAUCGAACAUGCUGAAAAACUUCGUCAAGUCAAAGCGGUUCUUGAGGAGGGUGGAUAUUUCUCAGGUAUUUAUCGAAAAGUGCAAUUGAAGCCACUAAAAUGGGUUAAGGUUCCAAAGAGUAACGGUGAUGGUGAAGAAGAACGCCCUAUUGAAGCUUUAAUGGUCCUUAAAUAUGGUGGUGUUCUUACUCAUGCUGGUAGAAAGCAGGCAGAAGAGCUGGGAAGAUAUUUCAGAAAUAACAUGUAUCCAGGUGAAGGAACUGGCUUGCUUCGUCUUCAUAGUACCUAUCGACAUGAUUUAAAGAUAUACAGUUCAGAUGAAGGCCGGGUUCAGAUGUCUGCAGCAGCAUUUGCCAAAGGGCUUCUUGAUUUGGAGGGUCAGUUAACUCCAAUUCUGGUUUCACUGGUUAGUAAAGACUCUUCUAUGUUGGAUGGACUAGAAGAUGCUAGCACGGAGAUGGAUGAAGCAAAGUUUAGAUUACAUGACAUCAUAACCUCUGAAGCAAAGACGGUAAACAGCAAUGGAAGUGCAGAAUUUCCCUGGAUGGUUGAUGGUGCAGGCCUUCCUAAUAAUGCUUCUCAACUUCUUCCCAAAAUGGUUGCAUUGACCAAAAAAGUUACCGGACAAGUGAAGCUACUUGCUGAAGCUGAAGAUGAAAAACUUGCAAGGACAAGUUCCUACGAUGUUCUGCCUCCGUAUGACCAAGCAAAGGCACUUGGAAAUACCACCAUUGAUGUGGCACGUAUUGCUGCUGGAUUACCUUGUGGUAGUGAAGGCUUCCUCUUAAUGUUUGCUCGCUGGAAGAAGCUUGAGAGGGACCUAUAUAAUGAAAGAAAGGAACGAUUUGAUAUUACACAAAUUCCAGAUGUCUAUGAUUCUUGCAAGUAUGACCUUCUGCAUAAUGCCCAUCUUAAUCUUGAAGGGUUGGCUGAGCUCUUCAAAGUUGCUCAGUUGCUUGCCGAUGGUGUCAUUCCUAAUGAGUAUGGGAUAAAUCCGAAGCAGAAACUAAAGAUUGGCUCCAAGAUUGCCCGUCGUUUGUUAGGAAAGCUUCUAAUCGACCUGCACAAUACUCGAGAAGAAGCAAUUGAUGUUGCUGAACUAAAAUUCAGUCAGGACCAAACUUCAUAUUUUUCUAAGGCUAGGAAGGAGGAGACAGAUUGCCAGUCAAGGCCUAAGAAUGAGGAUCCAAGAAGAACUAGUUCUACAAGUGAAAAGUCGCUGGACCAGGAUGAUGAUGAUGAUAAAGAAACCAAAUAUCGUUUAGAUCCAAAGUAUGCCAAUGUAAGAUCACCUGAGCGACAUGUUCGUACGAGACUUUAUUUCACAUCAGAAUCUCACAUACAUUCUCUGAUGAAUGUUCUACGCUACUGUAACCUGGAUGAAUCUUUGCAAGGAGAGGAAAGCCUUGUCUGCAAUUGUGGUCUGGAACGAUUAUUUAAAACCAGGGAACUUGACUACAUGAGUUAUAUUGUUCUAAGGAUGUUCGAAAAUACAGAGGUGGUAGCUCUGGAUGACCCAAAGAGGUUUCGAAUAGAGAUGACCUUCAGUCGUGGUGCAGAUUUAAGUCCUUUAGAGAAUGAUGAUGGGGAAGGGGCUUUGUUGCAUCAAGAACAUACGCUGCCCAUAAUGGGGCCAGAGAGACUGCAAGAAGCAGGUUCCUGUCUCACAUUAGAAAAGUUUGAGAGGAUGAUUCGCCCAUUUGCUAUGCCAGCUGAGGAUUUCCCACCUCCAGCAACUCCUCAGGCUUUCUCAGGCUACUUCUCGAAGAGUUCUGUGCUAGAACGUUUGGUUAAUCUCUGGCCUUUCCAUAAGAACGCUGUCAACAAUGCGAAAUAAUUUUCCAGUCUCUUUUUUCUCCCUUCCCCCCUCCAUUCUUUCUCAUUUUUUGAUUUGCUGUCAGAAAUGUAGGAUUGAUGCCGGCGGAUUAUUCUUUUUGUAUAUGUUGGGAAGCAGGUAGAGAGCAUUAUCUUAUUGUUUUUCAGUUUUGACUCUAAUGGGCCACUGUUACUGAUCACUUCCUAAAGGAAGAGAAAAUGAGAUGUCCAAACAGCUAUUAUCAAAAUUGUCGAAUGCUUGAAAUUUAAAUCAGAACUGUACAUAUGUUCAA